AUGUCGCUCUCGUCGACGCCUACAAUAAAGCGCCAGUUGACGGAUGCAUUGGGCUCGCGGAAUCCGCAGUAUUGGGAUACAUUUCGCAGUUACAUGAAGGGUGAAAUAUCCAGAGUUGAAUUUGACGAAUUGGUCCGCAAGUGUCUGGAUAGUGUGGCACUAGUGCAGCUUCAUAAUGCUCUGAUCAUCUCUUUGUUUGAUACCACCUCUCACCAGACUCCACCCACACCUCCACCAGAAGUCCCCAAGCCGCCCCCGCGUAAACGCAGACGUACAUUACCUUAUCAAGGGCCCGACUCUGCCGACACGCUCAGAUCGUCCCGACUGAAGAAAUGGACGAUCGGUCUAGGGAGACGCGAGCGAGAGCGACUCCGUGGAUUGGAGGCAGUGGCGUUGGCAUCUGAACACCGCCCGCGGAAAGAGAAGGACGAGAUUGCGAAAGAGAGAGGCGUAAUGCUCCUACCAGAGCGUGGAGAGCCGCCUGGAAGUCGUCUCCCACUUCACCUCGCGUCCGUCACGCGAGGGCCUACUCUACAGCACAUAUCCGACAGACUCAAUCUCAUAUGUGCGCAACAUAACCUGGGCCAGCCUUCCAAAACCGUCGCGUCUCUCAUGAUGCUUGCCUUCGAGGCGAAGCUGAAGCAGCUCGUCACGCAAGCGUUGUCUCUCACCUCUACCUCUCACGCAGUGACCUCCAUCGCACCCACUCAGCCUCGCACGCAUUCCAGCCUCCUCACCGCGCCCGCGUUCGACUCCCUCUUCACAAUUUCGCCGUUCGUCCUCCCCAACAAGUCGGCGGCUGCAAUGAAGCUGGCGACAGGAGAUAACGAGAGUUUCGUGGAGGACGAGGUCUUGAAGGAUAAGGAAGUGAGGGAUGAGAAGUGGCAAAUGCUUGCAUUGCUCGCUCAGCGGAGUACAGUGAGAGACGCGUUGCGGGGCAGGUGAUCGUCUCGUUCACCUCCGAUCUCAUUCUGCUGCAUGCCGUCCCGGUAUGUUUGUUGCGGGCAAUGUCUACUGUUGUAUCACUAUGGCUCCUGUAUUUUAUGACGUCUGGAUACCCCUUGAUACUCUAUCGCUAUGCCAAGCUGGAUGUCAGUCGAG